AAGCCAAUCACAACGCAACUAUUCAGAUUUUUUUACAUCACUUAGCAACAUCCUAUAUAAGCAAUGACUUUUUACGAGCUGAUUUGGUUAUAAGGUUGCAGAAAACCCUCAUUAAGUUUGAAGUUGAGUUCACACUAUGAAUAAGAAGGAAAUGGAGAUUUCAACUUUCAAGAUAUGCUUUGUUUCCGCAUUACAAUUCAUCUUCUUCGCAGAAUGUUGCUUUGGCAAUUCUUUAUUUGAUAAUUAUUUAGAGUCCUCUAUUCAGAACGUUCAACAAGAAAAUGGAGCUUCAAAGAUUGCCAACGCUACCAAUUACUUUGGUUUCGGUCUUUAUAACAAACUUCAAGGAAAUGAUAAUGUUUUGAUCUCUCCUUACACCAUGGCUAGCGUUAUGGCAAUGUUGUACCUUGGGUCACGUGGUAUUACAGAACGUGAAAUGAGCACAGCACUUGGUUACAAUAUGCUUGAACUGAGUCCUGAUGACAUCGUCCUUGGAUUUCAACAACUAAUAAACAUACUCAACACCAAUUCCAAUGACUACACCUUGAAAACGGCAAGUGCCCUUCUGGUUCAAGACUCCUUCCACAUUUUGGACGAAUACAAGCAACAUUUGGAAAGGAAUUUUGGAGUAGAGGCACAAGAAGUGGACUUUGUUAAUAGACCUGAAAAGGUUAAGCAAGCUAUCAAUAAAUGGGUUGCUCAGAAGACCAGAAACAACAUUCCUAUUCUUCUGGACGAUCCUCUGAAACCAAACACACGUCUGUUUUUCCUCAACGCUGUCUAUUUCAAAGGUCUCUGGAAAUCAAAGUUUGAUUCAGAAAAUUCCAACGUAUUACCCUUCUUCAACAACGGAAUAACUCGGACUAAUGUUGUUAUGAUGUAUAUGACAUCGGAAUUUCCGUUUGCCUAUGUGCCCAACUUGAAAUCGUUUGCUUUGGAAAUGCCUUACCAAGGCAAUAAAAUAAAUAUGUUACUGUUGUUACCUAGAAGUCGAACUGGGCUGUCCGAACUGGAAAAUACAUUGUCUUCUUCCUCUCUUAAUUAUAUCGAUUCACUACUGCGUAAGAUGGAGGUCGACGUGCUUAUCCCUAAGUUUACACUAAAGGAAACCUACACUAAUACACUAAAACGUAGCCUAGUUGAUAUGGGAAUAAAUCAUCUUUUUGGUCACGCUAAUUUAACAGGUAUGGUAAGCGAGGGAAAUCUUUAUGUUUCGGAUGUAUUUCACAAAACCUUUAUUCAGGUUGAUGAAGAAGGAACUGCAGCCGCUGCUGUUGGUGGAGCAUCUGUAGUCGGCUAUUCAGCCUCGUCACCAAGGUUUUAUGCAAAUCAUCCGUUUAUAUUCUUCAUCCGCCACGCCGAAACUGGUGUUGUCCUGUUUAUGGGAAAAGUUGCAACCUUGUGAACUCAUAGUGUCAGUUUCUAGUUGUAAGUGAGCUGAUAAUUAUGACGUGGAAAAUAUUUUCCAACAUAACUUUAAAUCCAUGCUUAUAAUAUUACUUUAAAAUAUUAGUUUGUCAUGUUUUAUUUCUCAUAACCUUACCUCAAAGGCUUAUUUACUUAUCAAUAUCUAUAUUUUAUUACAGAAUAAAUAAUUUCAACUUUAAUGAGUGCAGUUCAUUCUUUACAUUUAGUGACCUCUUGAGUUUUGUGUUACUACAUUAUUAACACGAUUUUAGAAUUAUUAAAAUAAUUUA